GCCCUCAGAGUCCAUUUAGUUUCAAGUCCUCCAUUUUACAGAAAACUGAAGGGAGGGAGGGAGGGAGGGAGGGAGGGAGGGAGGGAAGGAAGGAAGGAAGGAAGGAAGGAAGGAAGGAAGGAAGGAAGGAAGGAAGGAAGGAAGGAAGGAAGGAAGGAGGAAGCAAGUAAGGAGAAUUGGAAGGAGGGAAGGAGAGAGCGUACGAAAAAGGGAGAAAGGAAAGAAAGACGGAGGGAAGAAAGGCGAGGAAGAAGAAAGGAGAGAAAGAGGGAAGGAAGAAGAAACGGAAGAAGAGAAAAAGGGAGGGAGGGAAGGAAAGGGGAGGAGGAAGGAAAGGCGUAAUGGAGGGAAGGAGAGGAGAGGGGGGAAUAAGGAAGGAAACAAGCAUGCACUAAUGGCCUGUUACAUGUUAUUAGCGCCGGGUGGUAAUGGCCAGCACCAGCAUAGGAGUCUUUAAGCCAGCUGGCUACUAGCCAAGUCUUUUUCUCUUUUCCCUGUCCCCCGCCCGUUGGACUCGAGGCCAGGACCAUCCACGCCCUCUCCCAGUCUUCAGUUUCUUAUGGCUGAGGCGUUUGGUCCUUUUCGGCCCCCGUAGCUGUCACUGCAGGAAGGUCUGUCCCGCCUCGGACGCCGUAACGAGACGCACUUCCGGCGUCGGAAGAGACCUUAGGAGAGCUGGGAGCGCGAUGGGUCAAAGUCAGAGUGGUGGACAUGGUCCUGGAGGUGGCAAGAAGGAUGACAAGGACAAGAAAAAGAAAUAUGAACCUCCAGUUCCAACUAGGGUAGGAAAAAAGAAGAAGAAAACAAAGGGACCAGAUGCUGCCAGCAAAUUGCCACUGGUAACACCUCAUACUCAGUGCAGGCUAAAAUUGUUGAAAUUGGAGAGAAUUAAAGAUUAUCUUCUCAUGGAAGAAGAGUUCAUCCGAAAUCAAGAACAAAUGAAACCAUUGGAAGAAAAGCAAGAAGAAGAAAGAUCAAAGGUGGAUGAUCUGAGAGGAACCCCAAUGUCUGUAGGGACCUUGGAGGAAAUCAUUGAUGAUAAUCAUGCCAUUGUGUCAACCUCAGUAGGAUCAGAACAUUAUGUCAGCAUUCUGUCAUUUGUAGACAAGGAUCUACUAGAACCAGGAUGUUCGGUCCUCCUUAACCAUAAGGUUCAUGCUGUGAUAGGAGUUCUGAUGGAUGACACAGAUCCCCUUGUUACAGUGAUGAAAGUAGAGAAGGCCCCACAGGAGACGUAUGCUGAUAUUGGUGGAUUGGAUAACCAGAUUCAGGAGAUUAAGGAAUCUGUGGAGCUUCCCCUCACUCAUCCUGAGUAUUAUGAGGAGAUGGGAAUUAAACCACCUAAAGGAGUCAUUCUCUAUGGCCCACCUGGCACAGGUAAAACUUUGUUAGCCAAAGCUGUAGCAAACCAAACCUCAGCGACCUUCCUCAGAGUUGUUGGUUCUGAGCUUAUCCAGAAGUAUUUAGGAGAUGGGCCCAAACUUGUUCGAGAAUUGUUCCGAGUAGCUGAGGAACAUGCUCCAUCGAUUGUCUUCAUUGAUGAAAUUGAUGCCAUUGGAACCAAAAGGUAUGAUUCAAAUUCAGGUGGAGAAAGAGAAAUUCAGCGAACAAUGUUGGAAUUGUUGAAUCAGUUGGAUGGGUUUGACUCUAGAGGAGAUGUGAAAGUGAUUAUGGCCACAAACCGAAUAGAAACUUUGGAUCCAGCACUGAUCAGACCAGGACGUAUUGACCGGAAGAUUGAGUUCCCUCUGCCAGAUGAAAAGACCAAGAAGCGCAUCUUUCAGAUUCAUACAAGCAGAAUGACUUUGGCCGAUGAUGUAACUUUAGAUGAUUUGAUCAUGGCUAAAGAUGACUUGUCUGGAGCAGAUAUCAAGGCAAUUUGUACAGAAGCUGGUCUCAUGGCCCUGAGAGAACGUCGAAUGAAAGUAACAAAUGAAGAUUUCAAAAAAUCUAAAGAAAAUGUACUUUAUAAGAAACAAGAAGGCACCCCUGAGGGCCUCUAUCUCUAAGUGAACUGUGCUGCCUUCAUGAGAGUUGUUGGGAACUUUGCAGGCCUCUGAAAUAAUAACACUGGGAGUGUUGGGGUCUACGUGCUCCUGGAGGCCUUUAUGAGCAAGGGUGGGGGUUUUUUAUAUAUUACUCAGAUAUGAUGUGUGGGGUACCCUCUGGACUGUGUUGGUCUUUUGUUCACUGCUACACCGUAUUCCACAAUAAAACAUUCUCUUUCUGAAGGCA